AUGCUGCGAGCCACGAGCCGCCGCCCCGGGCCGCCCCCCGGUCAGGGGGCCGCUGCGUCCCCGCUCCUGCUGCUACUACUGCUGUCUUGUUGCGCGGACACCUGCGGAGGUGCUCCAAUAUUGCCUCAAGGAUUACAGCUGGAACAAGAAUUACAGUUGUGGAAUGAGAUAGAUGAUGCUUGUUCGUCUUUCCUGUCCAUGGAUCCUCUGCCUCAGGCAUCCAACGCAUUGGAGGAGCUUUGCUUCAUAAUUAUGGGGACUCUACCAAAGACCCAGGAAACAGAUGAAAAAGAUAAUACCAAAAGGUUCUUAUUUCAUUAUUCGAAGACACAAAAGUUGGCCAAUUCAAAUGCUGUGUCGUCUGUCCUGCAUCCGCUGCUGCAGCUCGUUCCACAACUGCAUGAGAGAAGAAUGAAGAGGUUCAAAGUGGACGAAGAAUUCCAAGGUCCUAUUACAGGCCAAAGUAGAGGAUUCUUUUUAUUCAGGCCACGCAAUGGAAGAAGGUCAGAAGGUUACAUUUAA